AUGUCUACUAUUUCUGGCCACGUCGAUUUAAAUACCGAUGCCGUUCUGGUUGAUCGGCAAAACGAGGUGGCUGUGUUUGAUUCAUCAGAAACGAAUGCCUGUGGCAUCGUCCCUGCGUCUGUUGAUAAUGGGGUCAAAGUCCGCGAUCAUGACUUUUGCCGGGUCGGAGAUAGUCUAGGAGUGAAUGAGUCGGUGAAGCCGGGUUACGAUGAAUUGUCUUGUGGAACCGGACGAGAGGGUUUUGAUAAAGAUACUGAAGUCAUGCAGAGAGCAAAUGAUAUGGAGGUAGGGGCAGAACUUCUUCGUGGAGUUUUCAGAGCUGAUAAAUGCUUGGAUUCCGCAUUAAACUAUGGCGUUGUGAAUGAUGUGGAGUAUGGGGACGAGAGUGGAGUUACUGAUAAUGGCUUAACUAGCAUUGAAUUUAAAUUAAAUAAGGAGGCUCAAGCAGAGGAGAACCAGAUCAUUUGCCGUAAUGCGGGCAAAAAUGCUAAAGAUUUUGGCGAUGAAGGGAAUGGAAGCGAGCGGAAGUGUCAUGUUGAUGAGUUAGCAGACCAGGGAGCUAUCAAAGUUAUGGGAGAUGAGAACAAUGUCAACGCUGCUCAUGUAGCAGACCAGGGAGCUAUCAAAGUUAUGGGAGAUGAGAACAAUGUCAACGCUGCUCAUGAUAAGGUUUCUACGGAUGGUCCUAAUCAUCAUUGUGCCUCAAGAACUUCAGAAUCUGUGUGCCAAUCGCUGGAUGGCGUUCUACAUAUGGAGGCCAAGGACGUUAAUUUUAAAGAAUCUUUGCAUCAUGAAUUCCCAAUUUCAAGAAAUCAUCUUUGUCAGGUAGAAACUUCACAUCCUCUGAAAGAGCCAUCCCAUGAAGUUUGCGCACAACCAGAGGCGCUAAAAAGUCAGACCAUGGACAUCAACCUGACUGAAGUAUUGCCUUUGGGAAAUAUUCAAAACGAGUGCCAUGGUCUUAAUCUUGUUGUAGAUUUUAAUUCAUGCAGAAAGUUGGUGCAGAUUGACAUGAAUAUGAAAUCAUUGUCUUCAGAAUUCCGUGUAUCUGAUUUAGUAUGGGGAAAAGUGAGGGGUCAUCCAUGGUGGCCUGGCCAGAUCUUUGAUCCUUCAGCUGCAUCAGAAAAGGCAAAGAGGUAUUUUAAGAAAGACAGUUACUUGAUAGCUUAUUUCGGGGAUCAAUCAUUUUCUUGGAACGAUGCAUCAAAGAUAAAGCCAUUUCAAAUGUAUUUCUCACAAAUGGAGAAACAGAGCGAUUUGGACAAUUUUUAUCAUGCUGUUGAUUGUGCAUUGGAUGAGAUCUCAAGACGAGUUGAGCUUGGCUUAUCCUGCCCCUGCACGCCUGAAGUCCUCACCAAUCUUAAAACCCAAAUAAUUACUAACGCUGGAAUCCAGGAACACUCAAGCAGAAGAGAUGGAGGGGACAGGUUUCUGAAUGCAAUCACUUUUGAACCCAAGAAACUUGUCAACUUCGUUCAAUUAUUAGCAGAGUCACCACUUGUUGAGUUUGAUAGAUUGGAUUUGGCAAUAGCACGUGCCCAAUUUUUGGCCUUUCGCAAUUCAAAGGGUUAUUCUCAACUGCCUGAGUUUGUAGCGAAUGAUGCGUUGGUCAAGGAUGAUACGGAAAUUAUAACCAUGGACGUGGAGGAAAAAGGGCAAUAUGAUGAUCAAAUUGAUAGCCAAGGAUUGGAAACUGAUAUUGGCUAUUCACCAAAGCGAAAGCACAUCUCUGGAAGAGAUUGCGUGUGGCCCUGCAAGAAACAAAAACGUUUGUCUGAUUUGAUGUCUGAAAAGAGUUUGCGUCUCCCAAAUGACGAGCAUGCUUUGGGUGGGGAAGCUGAUGGUGAUGAGUCGAUUCUGUUUUCUUCUACAUGGAAGGCAUAUGAGAACACUUCUGAUGAUGAUUGUCAUAAAUCCCGAAAUAUUAUUCUUAUCCAAUUGCACGAAGUUUCUGUAGAUGAGAUGUGGUGGCAACUUCGCUUGGCUGCUAGAGAUCCCACAAGAGAUGGCUGCUUUACUGUCAUGGUGAAUUUUUUUGCAGAAUUCAGAAAUUUCUCUAGUCCACAUUAUUCGACGCUAAUGGAGCUCUGCAAUGAUUCUUAUUGGACUGACAGAAUUAUUCAGAGUAUUCCUGAAGAGCAAUCAUCGUUAGAGAAACAGAAUGAGAGGGAGGAGUUUCUGCCUGUGAAUCCGGCUGAAGGGGUUGCUCCCUCUUUCAAACCGCAAGCAGGUGUUGAUGGGAAGGAACGUUUUGAUGAGAACUCUAAGGAAGGUACCUGCCCAGCAGCCCUGAUUCUUGAAUUUACAAACCUAGAUUCUAUUCCUUCAGAAACAAGCCUCAACAAAAUUUUUGGCCGCUUUGGACCAUUGAUCGAAUCACAGACCAAACUGUUGAAGAGAAGUAGACGUGCCAAAGUGGUUUUCAAAAGACUUUCUGAUGCAGAAAGCGCUUUCAGCAGCGCUGGGAAAUAUGGCACUUUUGGACCUUCACUUUUUAGAUACCACCUCAAGGUUAUGCCUUCAUCAUCCAAAGCCCCUGUUGGUGCAGGAAAGCGAGGCAGGAAAAGAAGUUCUGGGGAAGGCGGUGAAGUCUAGUGCCUUGGCAUAUAUUGCUUUAACCUUAGAUAUGACUUUAACGCUAGGUGUUUUCUUUUGUCCAAGUCAUUGUUCUUAUUUUUAAUCUUUUGAUAAGCUAACGUGUCCAGCAUGCUAAUGCAUAGGAGUGAACAGCCUGACUAAUUGAUGACGUAGGAAUCGCUCGGGAUACGAUCAAGUCGAUAUAGUUUAGACUGAUCAUGCUCUAGCAAGUAGUAGCUGAUGUGAUGAUAAUUACCAGGUUCGAGCCGAUAGGACAGUAUCAACCUUUUU